AUGAUCUCGUCGCCUCCCGCAUCUCCUGAUGGUGCCCGUCAAGUACGUGCGCAGAGCAUGUACUCGGCCCCAUCCCCAGAUGCUUCUCAGAAACAACGUCCACAAAGUAUGCUCAGCCGCGCGCCUCCACGAAGUCACAGUCGCAUGAGCCAGAGCAGUAAACAUGGUGGCAGUAGAGCAUCAGAUGAAGAUGCAAAGACUUCGGUCAAAGUCGUCGUCCGCGUCCGACCACCCCUUGGUCCUACCGAUCCGGGAUAUGACCUCAUCCCUCAACGCUUUCAACGCUCAAUGGUACAGGUAAACACGGACACAAGUCUUGCCGUCGAAUCUCCUCAAGGAAAAAAGAUCUUCAUUUUCGAUCGUGUCUUUGGCGAAGAAACCACCCAGCAUGGCGUAUGGGACUAUCUACAGGAUUCCGUAGACUCCUUUCUUCAGGGUUACAAUGUAUCAAUACUUGCGUAUGGCCAAUCUGGCUCGGGCAAAAGUUACACAAUGGGUACCUCUGGUCCCAGAGAACAGUUUGAACCCGACUUGAAAGGCGUGGUUCCACGUGCGGCACAGCAUCUCUUCAACAGCCUGAACGCAAAUGCAAACUCUGCUAGUGCGCAUAGUCGACACAAUUCCGGACUAAAGUCACCAACCAGAUACUCAGUGUCGAGUCUCAACCAAGUGAUGCAAAAUUCCAAGGCCUACAUGGAAAAGGGCUGGGAGAUGUCCGUCACAUAUGUUGAAAUCUACAACGAACAUCCACGAGAUCUUCUCUUACCCGAAGAUGCCACAUUCACCGAUAGGGCCAACGUCCAAAUUCGAGAAGAUCCCCGUGGACGGAUAUUCGUUGAAGGCCUCAAUUCAGUACGCAUCACAUCGAUAGAAGAACUAUUACGCACUUUGAAUCAUGGGUCAACAAUACGACAGACUGACGCCACCGCGAUAAAUGCACGAUCUUCUCGUUCGCAUGCUGUGUUCACCAUAAAUCUUCGACAGACGAGAACUCAGGGUUUUAAUUCUAGCAAACGAUCCUCCACUCAUAUUGACAACAUGUCGAAUGGUGACGCUCCUAUGACAGUCGAGAGCAAACUUCACUUUGUCGAUCUGGCUGGAAGUGAAAGAUUGAAGAACACUGGUGCAACUGGCGAUCGUGCAAAGGAAGGUAUCUCCAUCAAUGCGGGAUUGGCAAGUCUGGGCAAGGUUAUCUCGCAACUAUCCUCAAGAUCUCCUGCCUCCUACGUUUCUUACCGGGAUUCCAAGCUUACUCGAAUGCUCCAAGAUUCUCUCGGUGGUAAUGCAAUCACCUAUAUGAUCGCCUGUGUAACACCCGCGGAAUUUCACCUGAGUGAAACUCUGAAUACGGUACAAUAUGCUCAACGUGCGCGAAACAUCCAGAGCAAGCCUAAGAUCCAGCAAGUCGAUGAUGGUGGUGACAAGCAAGCCAUCAUCGAAAGACUACGAUCAGAAAUAGCUUUUCUACGGCAGCAAAUUCGAAGUGCUGAGAGUGGUGAGCGCCGGAAUGGAAUCAUCUCCGAGCGUCCAGACCGCCCCAAUGAACGGGAGACAGACUUGCAGAAUCGCCUGUUGGACGUUCAGGAGAGCUAUGGUGCACUCAGUCAGAGACAUGCAAAACUCAUCUCAGAACUCACCAAAACGAACGAUGCCAAUGAUCAGAUCAACUCAAUUGCUGGUGAGAGUGCCGUAGACCGCCUGAAACGAUCGCAAGCAAACCAGGAAAUGAUCGAACAAGUGGUCAUGGAAUACGAGAAAACCAUUCAGAGUCUUGAAGCAAAUCUUUCUACGACAAGAGGCUCUCUAUCCAACACAGAGAGCAGUCUCUUGGAAAGAGAAACCAAAUGUGCCUAUGUGGAGACGAUGAAUCAGCAGCUGAAUGCUCGUGUACAAAAACUCAUGGAUCGUGAAUCUAAUACAGAGCAAUAUUUGCAUGACCUGGAAUCCAGACUCGAAGACCAAAGCUCGGGUGGAGAAAAGAACGAUGCCAUCAUCUCUGAGCUACGAAAAGAGAUUGCAAGAAUCCGGGAGAGUGAAACAAAUGCUGAAGACUACAUUUGCACCCUUGAGGAGCGUCUAGCUGAAUGCGAUCAAGAUAUGGAGAUCAUGCAACGAGAGGUGGAGCGACUUGAGCAUCUUGUCGAACGUCAGCGAAGUCUUGGUAAGCUCGAUAACCUGCUGUACGAACUCGAUCAUAUUCAAGACAAGGAUGCCAAAUCAAAAUUGACGAAUGGCGUGUCAUCCGCGCCUGCUACCGAGGAUGCACAGGACAAAGAGACACCGCACGAGACCUUGAAGGCCGCAAAAGAAAUCGAACUCCCAACCCCGGAGGAAGACGAUGAACUCGGUCAUCAAGUCGAAGAAACUGUGGAGGACAAUCUACAAGAAGCCGCCAACGCAGAAACCGAUGAGCAGGGCCUUCGCAAACUACAGACAGCUAUGGUAACACCAAGAAGCCUGAAAGCAGUACCAGAAGAGGAUGUUCUUCCUAGCCCGGCUCAGUCAAAAUUCAUCACUGAGAAGUUUGAGUCCGUGAGUCAAGAGCUUUUUGAUCUGCGACUUGAGCAUGAGUCCACUGUCAAUGAUUUCGAUCUUCUUUCGGCCAAAUAUCAGGAAGCAUUGCGAACUCUGGCUGAAAUGCAAGAGCGUAUUGACGAAGAGCGUCAAUCAUCAAUUUCCCCACAAGGACUUACAGACGCAGAGCUUCCUCAGAGCCCGGCUUUUUUAGUGGACGGGGAGGGAGGUCAGCAACUGGAGGAUGGACAAGACUUACCCUCCUCGCGAUCAUUAUCAUCGGAAUUAUCCUUGGCUGGGGAGUCAGCAACUUCGGUCGAUACAGACAUUACGCCGGUAUCUAAACCAACGCAUUCAGCAGAAGUUGCCACCCUGGAAAUCGAGCGCCUUCAGAAUCUUCUGGCAGAGCAUGAACGAAGCAUUCAUCAGGUCACGGAACAAUAUACUCAACUACAAGCUGAUCACAAGGAAACUCUGACAACCGUAGAGAGGCUGAAGACGCAAGUCCAACGUACACGGCCCUCUUCACCUGGAACUCCUGGUAUGCUGAGAAGGAUGACCUCCCAGAGCGGCUCCGGUGUUGAUCGAGGUCAGCGUUCGGUGACUGCUUUGAGAACAUUGAUGGCCGAAGAGUUUGAAGGCAAGCCAGAUCGAAUGGAAUCUGCAGAAGUGCAUCUGUCAGCCGCCAAUACGGAAUUGCAAGCUCGGAUAGAACGCAUUCACGCAUUGGAAGCCGAAGUCAAGAACGCGAAGAAAGAAAUGGAAAUCAAGUCUACCAUCAUUUCCGGCUUGACAAGAGAAAGAACCAGUAUCAAAACUGGGUCCCCGGUCGAUUUAAACAUGGUGUCUCAGCUUCGAGAUCAAAUCAUCCAGAAGGAGACGGAACUUAAAUCUCUACAUGAAGGAUAUGGUCGACGUGAGCAAGGCUUGCAGGAGGAGAUGCAGAGACUUCUUGCUGCUGAAAAGGUCAAGGCCGAGACAUAUUCCCCUGACCAUGAAGAGCUCGUCAAGUCCUUGAAGCAGCAGCUAGCUGAAACGACCUCGAAGCAUCAAGCUGCUCAAAAAGCUGCCGAAGAAUCCGAGAAGAACUACGGGAGGACGAAGUCAGAACUAGAUGCUGCGUUGGCCAGCGUUAUGACACUGAAGGCCGAACAACAGGCGCAACAAACUUCUUCAGAUGGGGACGACGCCUUCGAAAGAGCUGCUGCUGCUUCCGCCAUGCAGAUCGAACGUAACAAUUAUCAAUCUUUGAUUGAGAAGCUGAAGAAGGAUCUUGAUGGACAACAAAAGAUCAAUGCCGAACACGGCGACAAAAAUCACGAACUUCGAGAGCUUCAUACAGCACUGACCAACGACUUGGAUACCCAGACUGAACUGGCCAGAUCUCAACAAGAGGUCAUUUUGUCUUUGAAAGCCGAGAUUACACAUCUCGAACAGAAGCUUACAGAAACAGAAGCCGCAGCUGAGUCACAUAAGAAGAACCUACAGUUGCUACAUGAUAAACAUACCAGUGAGAUCGAGGAGAUGAAGCUUGCUCAUGGCGGUAAUCUUGCUGGUUACGAUGAUCAAAUUGCCGAUCUGAACAGUAAGCAUGAGAAACUCGUCGGAACAUACAAGUCAGAUCUUGAGCAUGCACUAUCUACAGUACAGAAACUUGUUUCUAGUGCUCAGGCAGCCUUUGGUCAUCCAACCAAUGCUGACAUGAUCGCAACUCACAUCGAGGAUGUCAUUGAGGAGAAGCGACAAAUGGCAUCAGCCAACACUCGAUUACUUCAUACAAACGCUGAAUUAGAACGCCGCCUCGAUGGACGCCAAAGCCUUGUUGAACUGGAGGAAGAACUCGAAAAUGCCAACACCAAGAUUGCCAAUUACCAAGACACGAUUAGGAACCUGGCAAAUGAAAUUGGCAAUCAUGAGGAAAGCAUCCGUGAUAGAGACAUUCUCAUCAAAAAGCAUGAGGCGACAAUUGAGGCGGUUGAGGCAGAAAAGGCCAAGAAGAUGUCUCUUAUUGAAGAGCUUGAGCAACAGUUACAGAGCAGCUAUGAUCAACAUCACAACCGCAUCUCUGUCAUUCAGGCUCAAGGUAAUCAAGCAUUGAUCGAUGCCCAACAGCGAAUUGGAAAUCUCGAGAAAGAGAUUGAUCAACUCAAGCCUAUCAAUGAGGCUGGAUCUGACAGUGGCUCUCGGAGUAACACUAUGAAAUCACAACGACCUCAAUCCCCAGCUAUGGAUGGUCAUCCACGAUCGAAUUCUCUUAGCUCAAACUUGCGCAAGUCUGCAUCCAUUGCUUCGCUCCCAUCACCACCUCCUGCGAUACCACUGCCACCACUCCCAAGCCUGCCAGGUCUACAGGUUGCUCCAGCCAAUGCCAACAACCCAUCUCCCCCACAAUCUCGGCAUGCAUCAAAGGAGGUACAGCUGCCCAUCACCCCUGUAUCAGGUACAGUGAUUUCAUCCAAUUCACAGAACGUUCGUCGCCAAUCAGCAUUGAUUGAAGAGCAAGAGGCCCGUCUUCGCACCAUUGAGAAGCAUCUACAUGCCGAGAAGCAAUUGACAGCCACUUUGGAAGAAGCACUUGUUGAUCUCGAAACACAAAGCAAUAAGCUACGUGUGGAUGCCGAAUCAUGGAAGAAGAAGGCAUGGUCGAUGGAAGAAGAACUUGUUGGUCUCAAGAAAGAACGACGAUCUGAACGAUUAAGCGUUCAGGCUGUGGAAGAGGAGGUCAAGAAACGACGAGAAGCCGAGGCUGCACGUGCACAACUGGAGGAGAGAAUGAAGCUCUUGACAACAGUUGGACGAGACGGCAAGGCGAAGAAACGCAAGGGAAGUUCCCUGAAUUGUUUCUAG